UGCUACCCUCUGUUACCCUCUCUAACUCAUUUGCACGAACAGAAUGUUAUAUUACUUCUCAUAUCGCGAUAAAUAUUUUAAGAUUAUUUCUUACAAAUGAAUGUUGAUUUAAUAAUUGUAAAUUUUCGCGCCAUACGAACCUAUUCUAUCAGCGCUAUUAACUUCCUACCAUACGCACGGCAGCGUUCAAGUCGGACGGCGGUGGCGGGAACACAGCUCCGUAAAUAUUACAUUUUCUAUAAUAUUGCGCUUGCGACAAAUAUUAUUCAAUUGUUUUUCACUAAUAAUUGUUGAUUUAGUAAUUGUACGACUUAGCUUUUCGUGAUUAACGACUGAGAUAUAUUUUAUCUCCCUCUGCCGCCGGCUCCGACCUCGCGAGCAUUGAUAGGUUAUAGCUGCGUGCGAUUUUGUGUUUUUUCGAGUUUUUGCUUUGUCAUGCUGUACAAAGCUCGCGACGAAAGAGUAAUUAAUAUCGGGUAGUGUCGUUUGAGACAUCGCGCGAUUGUCGUAUUUUUGCGAGUGAGUGCUAGAAAAGAGCAGCUAUCGAUGGACUACCGAAAGGAGAAGGAGGUCCGGGGGGGCAUUGAUGGAGCAGCGUGAAGGAGAAAGAAGAAGAGGGAACGGAAAGGGAAACGGAAAAAAGCAUAAGAGUGGUCCUCAAGAUUGAAACGAGAAGAAUGGGGAAAAGAGAAGAUGCUUGUCUUUUAGUUCGAACAGCGCGCAGCGUACGAUAUCUCCGGGAAUCAUCCUCGUCGUCAUCCUGGAGGCUGGCCGACUGCGGACGAUGUCCUGUUGAGAAAGAAUUCUUAUCAAGAUGCGGCGUGCUACCGCGGUUCUCUUCACCCUGGUAAUUGCUACAUCCGUGUCGCAAUUCACUCAGGAAUCAGGAAGUGUGAACCGAAACGACGAUGUGAUUUUAAGUAUUAGCGAUCAACAGAAAAGUCAAUAUUUAAGCCAAAACUUUGAAUCAGAUGCAUACAAAUAUGGUUACGAUGUCAGCCCACAUGGCCAAUUUCAUCACGAAGUACGAGGUCCAGAUAGCAUCACUUAUGGAUGCUAUGGCUACGUCGAUCCCUUCGGACAAUUGAAAACAACAUUUUACAUCAGCGAUGGAUGGGGUUAUCGCGUUGUUCAACCAGGAAAAGAUGUAGAAUUAUUUCUUCACAAACAUGAACAUCACGAAGAACAGGACAACCAUGAUAAUCACGACCAUCAUGAACAUCACGGGGUAGUUACGCCAUGGCAAAAUUUAUAUUUUCCUACGAUGUGUACGCAUUACAUAAACACAAACAUUCCACAUCCUAUAGGGCCAACUACAGAAAAACAUCCGAGUAAUCUAGAAACAAGGCCACAUCCUGGACAAUUGGAAACAUCAGGAACACAUGGCAUACCUGAAUAUCCAAGUGGCCCGCAUUAUCCUGGACAUCCAGGAAGACCAGGUACACCGGGAACGCCAGGAUCACCUGGCAUUCCGGGAACUCCAGGUAGACCCGUACCAGGAUCACCUGGCAUUCCGGGUAAACCCGGAUAUCCGAACAUACCAGGAACUCCGCCACAUCCCGGGCAUCCAGGAACACCAGGCAAGCCGGGAACGCCAGGAUCACCGGGUAUUCCAGGUAAACCUGGACAUCCGGGCAUUCCAGGAACUCCCUCAUAUCCUGGACAUCCAGGAACUCCCCCACAUCCUGGACAUCCAGGAACACCGGGCACGCCGGGAACGCCGGGAUCACCAGGUGUUCCAGGUAAACCUGGAUAUCCGAGCAUUCCAGGAAGUCCGCCAUAUCCAGGACACCCAGGAACACCAGGCACGCCGGGUACGCCAGGAUCUCCAGGCAUUCCAGGCAAACCUGGAUAUCCGAGCAUUCCAGGAACUCCUCCACACCACGGACACCCAGGCACACCGGGCAUACCGGGUACACCAGGAUCACCGGGCAUUCCAGGUAGACCCGGUAAACCAGGAUAUCCGAGCAUUCCAGGAAGUCCAUCACAUCCUGGGCAUCCAGGAUCACCAGGCAUUCCAGGCAGACCCGGAUAUCCAAGUAUUCCGGGAACUCCACCGCAUCCUGGACAUCCAGGAACACCGGGUACGCCGGGUACGCCAGGAUCGCCGGGCAUUCCGGGAACUCCAGGUAAACCAGGAUACCCGGGCAUUCCAGGAACCCCGCCGUAUCCUGGACACCCAGGAACUCCGCCGUAUCCUGGACACCCAGGAACACCGCCGUAUCCUGGACACCCAGGAACACCGGGAACGCCAGGAUUUCCUGGCACUCCAGGAACUCCAGGUAAACCAGGAUAUCCAAGCAUUCCGGGAACUCCACCACAUCAUGGAUACCCAGGAACGCCGGGAACGCCAGGAUUUCCCGGCAUUCCGGGUAUUCCAGGUAAACCCGGAUAUCCAAGCAUUCCGGGAACUCCGCCACAUCAUGAAUAUCCAGGAACGCCGCCACAUCAUGAAUAUCCAGGAACGCCGCCACAUCCUGGAUACCCAGGAACGCCGGGAACGCCAGGAUCUCCCGGCAUUCCGGGUAAACCCGGAUAUCCAGGACAUCCACAUCCUGGACACCCCGGAACUCCAGGAUCUCCUGGCAUUCCAGGCAUUUCUGGUAAACCCGGAUAUCCGGGAACUCCGCCAUAUCCUGGACAUCCAGGAACACCAGGCACACCGGGUACGCCGGGAUCACCGGGCAUUCCGAGGUGCAAACCUGGACAUCCGUGCAUUCCAGGAACUUUCCCACACCCAGGUCAUCCAGGAAGACCGGGAACGCCGGGAUCACCGGGUAUUCCAGGAACUCCAUCACAUCCAGGAACACCGGGCACGCCGGGAACGCCAGGUUCACCAGGCAUUCCGGGUAUUCCAGGUAAACCUGGAUAUCCGAGCAUUCCAGGAACUCCGCCACAUCAUGGAUACCCAGGAACGCCGGGAACGCCAGGAUCUCCCGGCAUUCCGGGCAAACCCGGAUAUCCGGGCAUUCCAGGAACUCCGCCAUACCCUGGAUACCCAGAGAUACCGGGUACGCCGGGGACGCCAGGAUCUCCUGGCAUUCCAGGUACUCCAGGUAGACCCGGACAUCCGAGCAUACCAGGAACUCCGCCACAUCCUGGAUAUCCAGGAAGACCGGGCACGCCGGGAACGCCAGGAUCACCGGGCAUUCCGGGUACUCCAGGAUAUCCGAGCAUUCCGGGAACUCCGCCGCAUCCAGGAACACCAGGAUAUCCUGGCUUUCCGGGUACUCCAGGUAUUCCAAGCAAACCCAAUUAUCCCAAUUAUCCUCCUUAUCCUGGCUAUCCAGGAUAUCCGGAAGGGCCAGACGGUCCGGAGGGACCAAUAGGACCCGAAGGUCCGAUUGGUGGAGUUGGCGGUAUCGGAGGUAUCGGUGGUAUUGGUGGUGAUGGAGGAGUCGGACCAGAUGGUCCUGAUGGUCCUUGGCCAACUGGUUCACCAGGUCCCGAUGGGCCAUGGCCUGGUGAUCCAGAUUACGUGCCUGGAGUAAAACCAACCAGAAGACCUUUGCCUGAUAGACUGAUAAAAAAUCAGCAAUCGAAAACGUAUUCUGAUGACACUAACAAGUAUAAUACGCAAUACUACUUUAGUGGCAAAACUGAUUCUUCAUACGCAGGCUAUAUCGAAGAGGAUACUAAAUUGACGGAAUUGUCACAUUCAACGAAAGUAGACACACCAUCAUAUACAAAAUACAGGCUGUACGAACCUCAAUACGAAAGCAAAUUCCCAUCAUCAAUUUACGAGAAGGAAAAAGGUACCUAUAAUGCAGACGAAAUUAACUCACUGUUGCAAACAGGUCCAACGCCAUCGUUAUUGGAAUACAAUGUGAGAGAUUAUGAAAAUGCAGAUUUAAUUAAGCUGACGCCAAGACCUUACAACUACGUGACAGAGCCGCAAGAAAUUAAAAACCCGAAGAAUAAUUUCAAUCGAAUUUCUGUGCACAAUCAAGGCGAAUAUCAAAAAUCAGUUUUAUAUCCGACUGAUAACUCGCAACGACAAGGUAAAGGUUCGAAUCAGUUCGACAAAUUGGGACGACAAGAGAGCACGUUUAAUGUGCACGAACCGCAAUAUAAUUUUGCCGAUGUGGAUGGCAAACCAAUUUCUAACGUUUCCAUUACUGAAUUACCAUUUCAGUUGGAUGGACCUUCUAUUGUUCCGCAAAAUCAGGUAAAUGCACAUCUUGAAUCAUUCGAACCUCAGGCGAAUCCCGGCUUCGACGCUAUCGGGGUUCAGCCUCCCAGCUCCAUCAAAGUCAAGCCCUUUUCGCUACCAGUAGGGCCAGAUCCGCAAGCAUGUCCCUGUUAUCUAGUCGAAUCGAAUAACAAUACAAAUGUAGCAACCAGCACAACCCCCAUCCCUGUCAUUGGUCAGUUCGGAUUUAUUCCCGUCAUUUUUGUACCAUACUGUCCUGGCAAUGAGACGGACAGCAAUAAGAUGAAGACCAUGUUUCCAUUUGCCACUCCCGUUCCAUAUGCAUGCGAUGCAUGCGGCACGCAAGACGGCACACUUGGGAUACAAACACUCGACGUAAAGCAGCUUAACAAUGUCGAUUAUCUCAAAGAGGUAUUAAAGCAAGCCAAUCUUGGCUUUUUGAAUGUUCCAGUUAAAACCGGCGCCGAGCGAAAGAGGAGCAGGAUCAAAAAGACAGAAUAAAUAGUGUAACACUAACUUAUUCAUCUUAAAUUGCGAAUCAUUCUAAGAAAAAUUUAUCAAUAAAUAUUGGAUAUUGGCAUUGCCUGUCCGUCAGCUGCUGCAUAGCUAAUGGAUGGCCAAUUAAAAACAUUUAUAACAAUUAUCGGAAUAACCAAAAUCAGUGAAAUACAAGAAAGUUCAAAGGAAAGAUGGACAUAGUUCAAUAGCAUUCUUGUUCUGGAUCUUUUACAUAUUGCUCUAAUUGCUUCAUCACCUAAAUAUGUUAUAUUAUUUACAAAAAUGGAUAUUGUUAUGCAUAAAUAUUAAUAGAGGUAUGUAAUAUUUGUAUUGAAUCGCUGAUUAUGGUUAUUUGUUUAAUAUUUAGUUUGACAUAAAACUGUUGAGAUCUUUCGCAAGUAAGACCUCAGUUUAUUCCUUACGUUUUUCAACCAAUAUCCUAAUAUUUAUUAUUAUUUACAAUACAAUUUAGAAUAAGGAUUAUUGUUUCUGUCAUUGUUUUAUAUUCGACUUUUUGAUAAAAAUGUACACAAAUAGUAUAUAAUGAUGUACAUUUAACGCGGACUAUUAUGAUGUAGUCUGAUAUGCAGAUACUAUUAAUAUCAAUCUAGAAUACUUGAUAAAUUCAGCAAUAAUUAGAGAAAUAAAUAAAAAAAACGUAAAUUUUUAUUAAACAAUUUUAUUUUUUCUCUUAUAACAGCGAGAGUGUAAGGUAUAUUUUUGAAAAUUGAUAUUUAUCGAAAUAUUUACUACAAAAUUAAAAUUCGGCUUUUUACGCGAGCAGUUCACAUAACACAAAUUUAUUAAUAUUUAAUACUUAAUUUUUUGAAUAUUGUUGAAUUUUUAAUUAAUAUGAAAUAAUUGAUAUUAACAAGAAAAAUUACUUUUGCAGCUUUUUGAAUUUGUACAUCAUUUGUAAAUCAUGUUUUUUAUACGGAUUAUAUAGCAUACUAUGCACAGGAUAUAUAUGUGUAGAUUAUUAUGCAUAUAUAUAUGUGAUUUAACUUAUGUGCGUUCUAUAAUUAAUAUAUGUUUAUACUCCGCGAUAUAAAUAAUAUAGGUUAUUCUUACUUACAUGUAUCCCAUAUUUCAAAAUAAAUGCUGUCAAAUCUAUUAUUCAGCAUAACGAAAUAUAUCCAUUUGUUAGCUGAAUAAUAUAAAGCCAUUGUUACAUAAAUAACAUAAAAAGUUUUGCACGAAUACUACGAUUCUAUCAACUUACUUUUUCUAAUAUUAUAAAUUUUACAUAAAUUUUCAAUUUUAUAAAAAUUGAUUAUU